AUGCCGUCGGGCCAGGGCGGUAAAGGGUGCGUGCUAUACUCCGGCGCAAUUGCGGAACGCCGGUUGGCGUUGGCUGGUCACGGAGGCGAUUUAAUGGACGUUUUCUACUUCACCGAGAUGCCCUACGCCGAGUUCCCGGAGUCCGAGGCGGAGAAGUUCCCGUCCAUGCGGCUCACCUUCCCCAACACCUACUUCGACCCCCAGACCGCCAGCGGCCUGAUGAACCGCUACCUCGACGAGUAUCAGCACGCCGAGGAGAUGGGCUUCGACGGCCUGAUGAUCAACGAGCACCACAACACGCCCUCGUGCAUGGACGUUGAGGUGAACAUCACCGGCGGGAUCCUGGCGCGGAUCACCAAGCGGGCCAAGAUCCUGAUGCUGGGCAACAUGCUGCCCACGUCCGACAACCCCGUCCGCCUGGCCGAGGAGAUCGCCCUGCUGGACGUGAUCUCCGGCGGCCGCAUCAUCUCCGGUUUCGUGCGCGGCAUCGGCAUCGAAUCCUGGGCCAACAACACCAACCCCAUCCACAACCGCGAGCGCUUCGAGGAGUGCCACGACCUGGUGGUGAAGACUUGGACCACGCCCGGGCCCUUCCGCUGGGAAGGCAACCACUACCACUACCGCGCCGUGAACCCGUGGAUGCUACCCGUCCAGAAGCCCCAUCCGCCGGUGUGGGUCCCCGGCACCGGCAGCCCCGAGACCGUCGAAUGGACGGCGCGCCACCGCUACACCUACGCCGCCUUCCUGACCCCGCUGGACGUCGCGAAGAACCUGUUCGCCCGCUACCGCGAGUACGCCGCCGCCGACGGCUGGGAGCCCGGCCCCGAGAAGUUCGCCUUCAUGAUCUGCGCCCACGUCAACGACACCGACGAGAAGGCCCAGGAGUCCGGCAAGGCGUUCCUCUGGCGGAUGAACUAUCCCCUGCGCGGCCCCCGCGAGUACUGGUCGCCGCCCGGCUACACGUCCCGCGCCGGCGCCGCGGCGGUGGCGGCCCGGCGGCCCACGCCCCUCCACGAGAUGUCAUACCAGGAGCUGCAGGACCGCUACCACCUGGUGGUGGGCAGCCCCGACACCGUCAUCAAGAAGCUGCGCCACAUCCGCGACGAACUGGGCAUCGGCUCCAUACUCCUGGAAGCCCAGGGCGGCCAGCUCUCCCACGCCGACACCAUGCGGUCGAUAGAACUGUUCGGCAAAGAAGUGAUACCGGCGCUGAAGGAUUGA